UGGGGUUUUGGUUUCAUUUCUGCUGGUGCCAGGAGCAGGAAUGGAGCAGCCACUGUGCCUGGUGCGCAACGGGCCCAACGGGAAGUUGAGCCUCAAUCCCAAGGUGCUGAAGGUGCUGCGCGGCAUCUGGCAGCCCGUGGUGGUGGUGGCCAUUGCCGGGCGCUACCGCACCGGCAAGUCCUUCCUCAUGAACCGGCUGGCACAGCGGCGCACCGGCUUCCCCCUGGGCCACACGGUGCAGGCGCACACCAAGGGGAUCUGGAUGUGGUGCCUGCCGCACCCGCGCCGGGCCGACACCACCCUGGUGCUGCUGGACACCGAGGGGCUGGGGGACCCCAACAAGGGUGACAGCCGUAACGACGCCUGGAUCUUCACGCUGGCGCUGCUGCUCUCCAGCACCCUGGUGUACAACAGCACCGGCACCAUCGACCAGCAGGCGCUGGACACCCUCGGGGUGGUGACGGCGCUGACGGAGCGCGUGCGGGUGCGGGCAGGGGACAGCGGGGACACGGUGGCGGCCGACUUCGUGCACUUCUUCCCCGGCUUCAUCUGGGCCGUGCGGGAUUUCGUGCUGGAGCUGUCGGUGGACGGGCGGCGCGUCAACGAGGACGAGUACCUGGAGCACGUGCUGCGCCUGCGGGACCGGUACGGCGGCGGUGGUGCCACAGGGCUGAUUUGGGGGAGCAGCCGCGUGGUGCAGGAGCAGAACGAGCUGCGGCGCUGCCUGCGCAACUUCUUCCCCAACCGCAAGUGCUUCGUGCUGCCGCCGCCGGCCGAGCCCGAGGCGAUGACGCGCCUGGAGGAGCUCGAGGAGGGGCAGCUGCGCCCCAGAUUCCUGCAGCAGGCCGACGCCUUCUGCCGGCACAUCUGGGACACGGCCCCGGUGAAGGCGCUGCCAGGGCGGGCGGCGGUGACGGGCAGGAUGCUGGCGAGCCUGGCGGAGAGGUACGUGGAGGCCAGCAGCAGCGGCGUGCUGUGCCUGGAGAGCGGUACGGCGCUGGCGGCGGCCGAGAACAGGGCAGCGGUGGCGGCGGCGGUGGCCGAGUACCAGCAGCUCAUGGAGCAGGAGCUGAAGCUGCCACGGCCUCGCAGGAGGAGCUGGGGACGCGCACCAGCGCUGCAAGGGCCGUGCCCUCAACCUCUUGCAAUGGCGCGUGUGUCCUUUGCUGACACGGAGCAGCGCUACCAGCUCCAGCUGAUGGAGCAGCAGGCGCUGCUGCAGGAAGGCUUCAAGCGGGAAGGCCGAGGCGCUGGGGGAGCAGAUCCGGAGGCUGCGGGAGGAGAAGGAGGAGAUGAAGAAGCCAUCGUGGCGCCAACGGUGCUGACGGGCUCGGCAUUGCCGCCCAAAAUCUCCUGUGCUCGGCAUCACGCUGAAACCUUCCUGCCAGUCCUGGAGCGGGUGGUGGUGCUGAGGGCCAGGGCGGGGGUGCCGAGCCCCCUCCGUGUGCCGCAGGAGCACCGGGCGCUGCUGCAGGAAGGCUUCAAGCAUGAUUCCGAGGUGCUGAGGGAGCAGAUCCAGAGGCUGCUGGAGGACAAGGAGGAGAUGAAGAAGCCGUCGUGGCGCCAACAGGCGCUGGACGGGCUCGGCAUCGCCGCCGAUAUCUUCCUGCCGGGCCUGACGCGGGUGGCGGUGUCGGGGGCCCUGCGGCUGAUCCGGCGCGUGCUGUGACCUCGCUGCAACUCCAAUAAU